UGUGUUACCUCGGCGCCACAGCCUAUGGCGCCGAGCAUCAGGUCCAAACGUGCAAAUAAAAUUUCUGGGGGUCCAAACGUAAAUUUGUGUCACAAAAGGGGCUAAAACACAAAAAAUUCGGACGCUCCGGCCAUUUCCAACGUGCACGGCAAGUUCGACACGUGACGCAGGGCCCCCUCAUUGCUCUGCGCCUCUGCCUCGCCACGCCCACGGCCCACGGGCCCACUUGCCAAGGAACAUUUGCAGGCCUGCUCCCUUCCCUUGCGCGCGCCUUCCCCGACCUCUCGGCUCUCGCAGUCUCGCUCUGAUGCAUGGCGACUGGCGAAGGCGCAUUGGCGCGGGAGUCCUCCGGACAAGGCAUGCAUGUCAUCAUCCAUGUCCCUCGUGGCCCCUUGUUGCCCUACACGUCGCAGAGCCACUUGUACAUCUCUCUCGUCUCGAUCCACUGCCCGCUCGCUGCCCCGUUUAUAGCAGUGACAGGCUACCGCGCACCUCCUGAAUCCUCCUCUCAGUCACAGACACACUCGUUCGCUCGCUCUCACUCUCUGCUGUUCGUCCAUCCAUCCGGAUCCGUCUUCCUCGGUCUCCCACGAGCAGCGAGGAGGCUACAGCUGGGACCGGCCAAUGGGGAACAAACCGCCGGAGCUGUACUACGACAUCCUCCACGUUGCCAGGGACGCCUCCCCGCAGCGGGUCAGGGCGGCGUACAGGAGCCUGGUCCGCCAAUGGCACCCCGACAAGCACCCUCCGGAGUCCAGGCCAGCGGCGGAGGCCCGGUUCAAGGCCAUCACCGAGGCUUACGAGGUCACACAUUCACACCACACCACACCGUCAAAAUAUAUAUAUAUGCGCUGCUGGGCCAGCAGGGGAACAUGUCGGCGGCGCCCGCAGUCGCAGCGCGCGACGGCGAAAGGAGUAGCCCCGCCGACAAGGACCGCGCCGACUCCGCGGCGGUGUCAGCCAGGCCCAGGGCGGCGCGGAGCGGAAAGGCCGGCGGCGCGCCCUGCACGCCGGAGCGGGAGGAGCCGGCCUUCAAGACGGUGGUGUACAGCGCCAGCAGCAGCGUCGGCGGUGGCCGGGGCCGGCGCGCGCUCGCCGAGUUCUCCAGCUACGUGGUGCGCAAGGCGCCGCCGCUGGAGCGGAGGGUGGAGUGCACCCUCGAGGAGCUCUGCAGCGGGUGCCACAAGGAGGUCAGGUACACCCGCGACGUCGUCACCAAGAACGGGUGGUGUGUAAUGCUUGCUGCCUCUGCUUGCAUGUGAGGACGCCGGUCGCCGGCCAAUCGAGCAGGGGACAGUGACCCUGCACUUCCCUUGUGCAGUUCUUCUGCCUUGUGCUGCUGAUUGGACUGACCACUUACCGCGCCGUCACAUUUUCACGCUAUAGCUACCUGCUACCGGUGGAUCAACCUCGAGCGUUUCAUGUCCUGAUGAUGGCAGACUGGUCACCAAGGAGGAGGCGACGCGGACGGUCCGGGUGAAGCCCGGGAUGAGGAAAGGCGCGACGGUGACGCUGGAGGGCGCCGGCGACGAGCGGCCGGGCUGCCUGACGGGCGACGCCACGUUCGUCGUAUCCGAGAGGAGGCACCGGCGGUUCAAGCGGCUCGGCGACGACCUGGUGCUCAGGGCCCGGGUGCCGCUGGUCGGCGCGCUCACGGGGUGGCAGCUCUCGUUCAGGCUGCUCGGCGGCGACAGGUUCCGGUGCGCGUUCCGGGACGAGGUCAUCUGCCCCGGGUACGUCAAGGUCGUCAGGGGCGGCGGCAUGCCCGUCGCCGGCGGGGCCAAGGGCGCGCGCGGGGACCUCGUGGUCAAGUUCGACGUCGUGUUCCCCGAGGACCUCACGGACGAGCAGCGGAAGGGGCUCGCCGAGAUUCUGAGGGGCUGCGGAUGAAGCUUGCAGGUCAACUCAAACUGCGGCCUCGUCCUGUGACGGCUUCGUGCCGUGUAAAAAUUUUUGUUAGGCGCUUCUGUUGAUAGACAGCUCGGGACAGGAGGACUCUACAGCGCACGCUGACAGCGUGUACAUAGAUUACAGAGGUUCUGUUUUUGAACCGAUAAUAUACGUGGUUGUAACCUGCAAGAACUGUAUACGGCGAUUUUUUGUAGUUUCUCUUUUAUUUAUUACGUGGAUCUAAAUAUUUAUCGGUUACCACACCAGCUAGCAAAAAUAUCUCGUCUCAUUU